AUGAAGCGUACGGUCUGUGUGAAAUGUGCCUGUGACGGAAAGGUUCUACUGAACGGCAAGGACAUUUAUUGUCGUGAGUGUUUCGUUGUGUAUGCGGUGCACAAAUUUCGUUCGUGUUUGGGUAAACACAGACUUUUCCGACGCUCAGAAAAGUGCCUAGUUGACGUUGGAGGUGGACCCUGUGGUCUGGCCCUUUUAUCGCUAGUAGUAUCGGCGGUUGUCGACGAGCGGAAACGGCUUUUGGCCGACCCUGUAUUUUUGCACAUUGUGGACACACCGGAUUUCGACCCUGAUGCCUACGCUGACAUCACAUCUUACCUUGGCAACCUCGGCUUUAGGUUGCACUUGGUUCACUACGGCAGUGUUUUCCAUGGCGAAAUAGACGAUUCAUGUUUGUGGAGUUACGACGGUUCACCUCAAGUAACCCAGGGAUUAAAGGAAACCGUAAAAGACGUGCAGACCCUGUUCGCUGGCAUCAAAUCGACCACCUCAGCCACGGACGUGUACGAUCGACUGCGCACCGUCUUGCUGUACAAAAUCGCUCGUUUCUUCCGGUGCAAGUAUAUCCUGCUCCACCGCUGCCGCACCGAGCUGGUCAGUGGUGUGGCGGCCGGCGUCGCUCAAGGACGAGGUGACCAGAUCAAGGACGAUAUCGCUACUCUAGACAGGCGCUGGAAGGACGUUACUUUCGUUCGGCCGUUGAGGGAUUUCGAUUCCAAGGAAGUCUUGCUGUUUAAUUAUUUCAGUAGCAAAAAUCGGUUAGCCCUUCAACCGCUUCCUUGGUCGUUGAUGGCGACUCGUGGCUCCUCGGACGAUACUUCAUCUCUGCAGGCCGAGUCCCUGUCCUUUUUCCUCAGUCUGCAGUCAGUUGUCGCUUGCACAACUUCGACCAUGUUUUCGGCCGUUAACAAGUUGGUCGAGUUGACCCCUAGUGACACCGCUCACAUCUGUCCGUUGUGCCGUUCAGUAUUCGAGCUCGACUUCGCCGAUGAGCAACGGUCGUUUCCCGGCUUCUGCUAUGGUUGUCAACUGACAUUACAAGAAGUAACUCACGUCGACCUGCUGAGGUCAGCCAUUGCGUCUCUUUAG